AUGUCGCUGCCCAGAGAGUUCCAUUUCAGCCAGGAGCUGUCGAAGCUUGAGAGUCAGCUCGGGUCCUCAGCGCCACCGACAUCAACAGCUCUGUCCUGUUCUAUCGAUCUACCAACAGAUGUCAUCUCAGAGGCAAUCUUAUCUCCGGAUAAGGCAGGCUCCUUGCUGUCUGUGCAGUCGGCGCCACCGGAGCAGAGGGAGAGACCUGCCAGCCUGCUGCUCGAAUUACCAUUAGCGACGCAAGUAGGAGCCUACCUCUCGGCCAUGUCGCCGACUGAGCAGGAGGAGGACUCCUUGCUUACUCUGUCGUCGGUGACUGCGCGCCCCCUGCUGGCAGCGUCCAGGAAACUGCGGCCGCCUCCCGAUUCGUCCGCUGAAAGUACAGCCCCGCCAGAUGGUGGUUACGGCUGGGUGGUUGUGUUCGGAGCAUUCAUGGUGCAGUUCUGGGUGGCUGGCCUCUUCAAGUCUUACGGAGUGUUGUACGUGGAGAUCAUGGAGACGUUUCCAGAUUCAUCCGAGUCUGUAGCGUCGUGGAUACCUGCUGCGCUGUCUACCUUGUGUUUGGCACUGGCUCCUCUUUCAUCAGCUCUGUGUGAGAAGUACUCCUGUCGUCUUGUGGUCUUCAUUGGGGGUCUAUUCUGUGCUACUGGCCUAGCACUGUCCUACUUCAGUCGUGGUCUACUGCAUCUAUUGUUGAGUUUUGGAGUCAUGACCGGAAUUGGUGGUGGCUUGUCAACUACACCUGGCAUUGUAAUCGUCUCUCAAUAUUUUGAUAAACACAGGGCGUUGGCUAACGGCAUAUGUGUGAGCGGGACGGCAGCUGGAAGCUUCGUGUUCCCGAUGCUCAUUGAAAAACUUGUGGAUAUGUACGGACUACAUGGGACUGUUCUUUUAUUGGGAGGUGGCAUGCUACACGUCUGCGUGUCAGCUACCCUCUACCGCCCAGCGCCGGUCAGCUUCAACACCUCAGCGCUGGCUGACAGGACACCAGCUACCACCACCACUACUGAACAUACCACGCUCUUACAUGAUAUACAAGAAGACCAAGGCAUAAUGUUCAAAUCAGACUCUUCAAAAGACAACCGGUUGCAGAGCCUAUUCCAACCAGAUGCAGAGCUGACGUUGAACCAGAAGAACCUCCUCCUCAGCGAGGAUCUGAAAAGAAGCAACCUUAUUACGGAGAUCAUGCAUCCUAGCUUAAUUGAGGUCGCCCGUCAACAAAUGCAGUCGCAACAUUCAGACUCAGAAGAUUCAGAAGGACUAGACGUUUUAGGUGUUGUUGGUCUACCGAAAGAAGUCGUCCGUCUACGUCUGCGACCCACGAGAUCAUCUUCUAUACUCCACUCCGUAGAGGACCUGUCCACUGACAGCACUUGUGUGUAUAAAGCCAGAAGGAAUCUUAGCAGUAAAUCUCUAUACAUUCGCCCCCCUCCAAGUCGCCUGAUACCGUGCAAGCUGACAGAGCCAAUCACCAUCAAGCAGGAGGAGGUGCAGAAGGAAGAAGUUCAGAUUGAAAAGAAACAGGCUGGAUGUGUCGACAAAAUAUCUAGGUAUUUAGACGUAUCUCUACUUAAAUCAUGGCGGUUUGGUCUGCUCUGUGCGUCUGUGGCUCUCAUGUCAUGUGGGUCUCCAUACGCGCUGUACUAUCUCCCUGCAUACACUGUCGCUGCUGGACACAGUAAAUCUGCCGCCGGUCAUCUGGUGGCUAUCAGCGCUGUUUUAGACCUUUGUGGACGGCUGGGACUCGGCUGGCUAUGUGAUCUUCAUCUAUUUUGCAGAAGAAAGGCUUAUAUCGUCAGUAUACUGGUGGCUGGUAUCGCAGUUCUGACCCUGCCAAGUCUCAAAUCGUGGUGGGCGCUCGCCAUUGCUUCUGGUGCCUACGGUCUCUGUCUUGGCUGCUGGUUCCUGCUGGUACCUGUUCUCCUAGCCGAUGCCUUCGGAACAGCUCGCAUAGCCUCCUCGUACGGGUUGGUGAGGAUGUUCCAGAGCUUAGCUGCUGUUUCUGUACCACCUACUGCUGGUCUCCUCCGUGACGUAACCGGCGGCUACUCCUGGUGUUUCUACGGCAUGGGCUCCUGUAUGGUCCUCGGUUCGAUUCCCGUCAUAGCAUUCCAUUUGAGCACGAAAAACGAAGACUCCGAUUCUUCCGUGGAUUGA